AUGGCUGAAGCGAAAGAAAAGCCAUUUAUUGUUGAUGCCUUUGUAAAAGAUAACGAAAAAUUGAAAACUUCCGAAUUAAGCAAAUUUUAUGAAACGUUAGAUGGAUAUUUGAGAAACAAUAAGACAGAGUCUGCGCAUUGCACUAAUAUAAUAACAGACCCACAGCUACGUAGUCUUUGUAAUGAAAUUGAAAAGAUAUUUAAUGAAUGGGAUAAAAUAUGUAAAUUUUCAGGUGACGAAAAACAUAAAUGUUAUAAUUAUUUGAACUAUUGGUUGUAUGGUAAAAUAUUAGAAUAUAAUUCUUAUCCCUUAAAUAUUUUUUAUUUUUACCAAGGAUUAAAGAACAUAUUUAAUGCCAAACUUAAUGGUGUACCAGCUGGCACAUACGAAAAAUACUUUGAACAGGUAACAUACAAGGAAACGAUAAAAAAUAAAAAGGAACUACACGAUUUUACACACUAUUAUGAUGAUAUAAUUAACGUUAUCAAUGAUAAAACCACAGGAAAUAAAGAGAAAAAUUGCCAAUAUCUAUUGCAUAUUUUGGAUUUAUACAGUAACAUAAAAGAUGAAUAUAGCCCUGAACUAUCUAAAAGAUAUGAUAAAGAAUCAAAGCUUUUUCAAGCAAAAUUUAAUAAUGAAAGUAAUUUGAAUUCACUACUAGGAAAAUGUGCCAUUUAUUAUGAAUCAACUGAAUCUGAGAAUAUUGAAGAUAUAAAAAAUCGAUUACUUAAGAAAAAUGGUGAGACGGCGCUACCAGUACAUGUUAAAAUUCCUGAAGGUCUUAACCUGAACUUUUCUGCUUUUUUAUUUGAUAUUCAGGAAAACAUCUUAUCCGAAUUACCUUCACAUGAUAUAUAUAAAGAUCUUAAUAAAGAUGAAACUUCACAUAAUUAUGAUAGUUACUGCAGUGAAGUAAGCACUUCUAAUGCAGAUCUAAAAAAACUUUGUAAGAAACUUGCGAGAAAUUUGAAAAAUAUAACAGAAAAUACGAAAAUGGGAAAACUAAGUCAUGGAGAUCGCUGUCUACUUUUCAUUUUUUGGGCUUAUGAAGAAAUAAGUAAAAUAUUUAAUACGUCUUGGAGAAAUGUUCAUAGUAUUCCUGAAGCCCAAAAACUUCUUGAGGCAUGGCGAGAUAUCAGUAAAGAAACCAUGAGAAAAGGAGUUAAUGAAAGAGAAGUUUCAACAAGACUUCAAAUUCAAAGUAAUUGCACAAGGAGAGAUACUAAAGGUUCAUGUAUAAGACAUAGAUAUAUAAAUGAACUUGGGGAUAAUUACGCUCUAAAUAAUUAUAAAACAUGUUUAUAUUACAUUGAUUGUACAUACAAUGAAUGUAAAGAAAUGAAAUCUUUGUUUGAUUAUUUUAGUAACUUUAAAGAUAUACAAAAAAAAAUUUCCUCCAAGGACACAUGUCCAAAGUACUCUACGUAUCUUAAAUACAUUAUGGAGCUUUAUAACAAGUAUCGAUACUUUGAUAAUGAUGAUUGCUGCAAAUGGAAAGACUGUGGUGAUUAUUUUAAUUGUAGUGAAGAUGUAAAUCCGAAUAAAUUAAUGGAAUCAUUACCAUGUCAUUUUGAUAAAAAUAAUCCAGAAAAACCAUCACACGAAGAUAACCAGGAGGCAUACAAAGAUCAUGAUUUUUCAUGGGAAAACAUUGAUUGGGAAGAUUUAAAUUUUUCCGACAAUGAAGAUCCUUACCAGUACGAGGAUUAUUUACCAGAAUUUAAGUAUGAUGAUGAUAUGUAUAGUAAAUACGAAAAUGAACCUAAAGAUCGAGUAGCAAAGGAUAAAAGAAGAUUACUAAAAUUUUCAUUUAAUAAGAAUAAGAUGAAAUAUAUGUUUCUGGUUGCAGGAAUAUCCUAUUUAGCAUUUGCUUUGUUUAGGUAUACACCCCUUGGAAACUGGUUGAUCGACAGAAAUUUGAAAAAACACCCAAUGAAUGAUUUUUAUAAUUAUACGGAUACAGAGGAAUCAUCACUGUAUGAUUCAUGGGAUUAUGAUGCUUAUAAUAGGAUAUUAAAUUUUGGUUAUUAUCCAUCAGAAGAAUCCUCGUAUUAUUAA